GGGGGGGCUGCAGCACGAGACGCAGGAGCUGGCCUCCAAGCGGGUGGACAUCCAGAACAAGCGUUUCUACCUGGACGUGAAGCAGAACGCUAAGGGCCGUUUCCUGAAGAUCGCUGAGGUGGGCGCUGGCGGCAACAAGAGCCGCCUCACCCUCUCCAUGUCUGUGGCAGUGGAGUUCCGCGACUACCUGGGCGACUUCAUCGAGCACUACGCGCAGCUGGGCCCCAGCCAGCCGCCCGACCUGGCCCAGGCACAGGACGAGCCACGCCGGGCGCUCAAGAGCGAGUUCCUGGUGCGCGAAAACCGCAAGUACUACAUGGAUCUCAAGGAGAACCAGCGCGGCCGCUUCCUGCGCAUCCGCCAGACAGUCAACCGGGGGCCCGGCCUGGGCUCCACGCAGGGCCAGACCAUUGCGCUGCCCGCACAGGGGCUCAUCGAGUUCCGUGACGCUCUGGCCAAGCUCAUCGACGACUAUGGAGUGGAGGAGGAGCCGGCCGAGCUGCCCGAGGGCACCUCCUUGACUGUGGACAACAAGCGCUUCUUCUUCGAUGUGGGCUCCAACAAGUACGGCGUGUUUAUGCGAGUAAGUGAAGUGAAGCCCACCUACCGCAACUCCAUCACCGUGCCCUACAAGGUGUGGGCCAAGUUCGGACACACCUUCUGCAAGUACUCGGAGGAGAUGAAGAAGAUUCAAGAGAAGCAGAGGGAGAAGCGGGCCGCUUGUGAGCAGCUCCACCAGCAGCAGCAGCAGCAGCAGGAGGAGACCACCGCUGCCACCCUGCUACUGCAGGGUGAGGAAGAAGGGGAAGAAGAUUGAUCAAACUGAAUGAAACACAUACACACACACACACACACACACACACGCAUACACGUACGUGUACACACACACACAGCCACACACAGAGAGAAAAUAUACUGUAAAGAGAGAAAAUAAAAAUUAAAAAGUUAAAAAAAAAACUUAAACUCCAAGGGAGCACCACCCACAGAACCUCCACCAACUGACAGUUUCUCUUCUUGACUUGCCACCCAUCGCUGGAUGUUGUCCACUUUAUCCACCAUGUAAAACAGUAAGCAGCUGCUAAAAACAAAAAAUAUACAAAAAGUAAUAACAUUAUAUGAACUGUGUUUCCUACUUGAUUAAAAAAUAUAAAGAACUGAGUGUUUAUUUCCCUAAUUAACCAAGAACUUUUGUACACGUUUAAGCUAUUAUUAUUAAAAGUGUUUGCAAAAUGGUCAAGAUUAUAAUAUUGCUGAAUUAUAUAAAAAGUCCUUUUCAUGUUGAGCUAACAUUUGACUUUAGCACAAAAAAGAGAUAUUUUAGAACACGUAAAAUAAUAUUUUUAGUUUUUCUCAUUUUGUUACCAAAUUUCAAACCUUACAUGGAGGUUAUUAUAGUAUAUUUGACAUCCUAUAUACCUGUGAUUAGAGAUGUGUAUAUAUAUGAGGGCUAGGCAUGCUGUGUGUCUGAGCUUUGUCUAAAUGUUAUGCAGAAGUUUGUAGAGUUCAAGGUACGUAGGUUUAAUUCAUGCAAGGUAAACAAUAAGUGCUCUCUUUUAUACAAUAUGCAUUGCAUCUGGACCUUAAACAUAAAAAUGGUCAGUGAAACUUCUGUGAACAUGAAGAAAUUAUUAAAAAAGGCAUUUAAAUGAAAUUUGCUAAGUUGUGAUUUUUAUGGUUGGAACCAAAGUUAUUCAAAUAGUAAAAGAAAAAAGAGAAAGAAAAAGGAAAUUUCCCAUAAUAUUUUUCUGCAUCUGUUUGCUUUGACUGAGUAGGUGUUUUGUUAUUAUUGUGUAUAUGAGAUGUACUUGUAUUGUUCAUAAUAUAUAUUUUUUAUUAUGUGUAGAAAGAUUUUAAAAACCUAACUAACGUGCAGCAAUUUCCAGUGAACCUGUACUUGGAUAUCAGGUAGUGAGUCUAUUUGUGGUCACUAGCACUGUCUCCUAAACUUGUAAGAGGUCUGAAGCUAUCCUUUGAUUUUUUUUGCCAGUGCUAUUAACUUAUGUAGACCUGUUUAAAAGCAAAGCAACACCAUUAUAGUUAUCCUACUGAGCCAUGGAUUCUGAGUUUCCUUUAAAAGUGAAAGCCAAGUUGGUGUAUGUAAAGGAUUUCCAUGUAGCUGUGGUGCUAGUUAUUACUGGCUACAUUAUAUGUAAGUGUAUUUGUGUUCCCCAAGUGUACAAGCCUUCUGUCAAAAGUAUGUUCUAUUAUCACUCAUAUUCAAAGUUUAGGGUAUGAAAAUGCAAGCUUAGGAGAGCACUUUACCAAGCUGGUGUCCUCCACUGAAAUUGUUUGUAACGAUAGUCUUUUACAGGUUUUCAUUUGAAGAUGUUUGUGUGCUUUUAAUUGACAACUAACUUCUUGCUGCUGUAUAGUAAAAUAUUAAUAUAUUUUUUAUCAUUAAACUGCUGCAUGACUAUCAUCUUUGAGUGAAGAGAAAAAUGUUAUAAAAAGAUGCCUUAAAUACAGUACAUUUUGGUUUGGAAUUCUGUAGAAAGUAUUUUGGUAAAAAAAGAAAAAAGAAAAAAAGAGGAUCUUGGAUCUUGUCUUGACAGAGAGAGUUCUGAACAUGCAAUUGUUUCUUGGCAAAUCCAGCCAUCUAGAUCUACCUGCUGUAUGUAGAAGAAACCACCGGUAGGACUGGGAACGGUCAGUACCUUUCCCGUUGGAAAGCAUCCGCCUAGGAAGGCAGAACAGUUGUCUUUUUUGAAGGAUUAUUUUUUCCUGCUGGCUCUUUAGGUUUUAAUUUGAUAUUUUGAAGCUUUCUGGUCAUGUUGUCUUUGUUUUUGAGAUCUACUGUAUGUGUUGAAUAACAAGCUAUUUUCAUUGUACUGUGCAUUUUCCCAUUGUUUGCUUUUCAUAUUCAUACAAUGUUAACUAUGAGGUGACCGUACAAUAGUUAGGAGUUUCUUUACUUACAAAAUCACUGGAAAUUAUUAAAUUGCUUUCCCCUUCCCCCAAGGUGCAUUUUUUUAUUAUUUUCAUAUAGUAAAGUUGAGCUUUUACAGUGCAUAAUGUGACAUUUGGAAUGCUUAUCAACUGCAUGUAAACAUUAAUAACCUGCACUUUUGUCUUAAGGUUUGUUGAGCUGUUUUGUUCACUGUACUUUAACUGUGAUAUGGAAAAGAUUGCAUUCUCUGUGCUGUUUCUAAUUAGGAAAGAGAAUUGCUUUGAUUUUGUCUCUUGUUUACUAUAGCUUCUUAAAGUUAAGCCUUGUGCUACGAGUUGUUGGAGUACUCCUAGAUCAGUGUUUCGUAGUAGCCAGCAGUCAGUAGUGCAAGUCAACAAAAACACAGCAAACUUAGGCAAAGUGUCCUUUCUUUGAGAUGCAAGUUCUUUCAUAAGGUUUUCUUUAGGGUCAGCUGCCUAAAGUGAAACCUUUCUUACCUAUAGACUUCAGAUUCUGCUUGGAAUCCUACUGGAUCAAGAAGCACAUGUACUGUGCUGUUGUCUUUACACUAUAACAGUUAAACACAAUCUUACUAGGACUUUGAAUCCAUUGUCUGAUUUAUGGUCAGUGGGUUUAAAAAGAAAUCCACAUGCAGAUCUUUUAAGACUUAAAAAGUGGUCAUAUAGAGAAGACUGAGUGACUGUAAAGAUGCUCUUUUUGUUCAAAGCAUCUCACUUUCUCUCCUCAUCAACCUCCUCACCUCCCUUCCCUUUCUCCUGUUUCAUCUUCCCCUACAUUUAUUUCUUUCCCAGGUGCUCGGUACUUUACCAAGGUUCUAUAUUUCAGUGUAUUAUGUUAGAGUCUCUUCUUGUUUUUAAUUUUACUAGUGGGUAGCCCCAGUUU